AUGGUGGCUGCGGUAUCCAAGGUGCUCGACGACGACGACCUCCUCGUUGAGAUCCUCCUCCGUGUCGCGUUCCCCACCACGCUCGUCCAUGCCGCACUCGUCUGCAGGCGCUGGUUCCACCACGCCUCCGACCGCCGGUUCCUCCGCCGCUUCCGCAAGAUCCACCCGCCCCGCCUCCUCGGCUUCUACGCUUUUUUCGAGCGUGCACGCUUCAUCCCGAUGCAGCCUCAACCCCCGGAGCUUGCCGUCGUCGUCCGCCACCUUGCGAGCUGCAGGUUUGCCUACUACAUCAACAUUGAGGACUGCCGCAACGGCAAUGUCUUAACAAGCGGCCGGCAAGAAGGAGUAUGGACGCAUCAAGUCUACCACCUGUUGUGCCCUGAGAGAGAUAUGCCCAUCAUCCCACCACUCCCUUGUGCCGAGAUCGGAAUUUACCACAUUCUCGCUGAAAUCCUCUCCAAAGAAGAAGGCGAUGGCCUUGGUCUGUCCUAUUUUUAUUUGUUGGUGGAGCUUGCCAAGGAGGCAAAUAAGGUCAUGGUGCGCGUAUAUAUGUUGCAAGAUGGUGCCUGGUGCAUGCUUACCUUGGCCACAAGCCAGCUCCAUUAUCCGCAGCCAAGGCCAAAGCCUGUGCUCGUCCACAACAAAAUCUAUAUGGCGGCCGCUCAAAGUGACGACAUUAUUGUCUUGGAUUUGAUUGACUCAAGUUUCUCUACGAUUCACCUCCCACAAGGAGUGGAGUAUGCCUCUUCAGAAAUCAUGUUGUCACGGACCAAUGAUGCUUCUGGUGUAUAUCUCAUUCAUGUCCGUCCCAAGGAGUUUCAACUUUGUGUAUGGCUCCACAAGGGGGGCAACUGGAUGCUGGUAGAUACCAUCUAUUUGCAUGAGAUGCAUGCUAUUUUGGGGAAGAAAGAUCACCCGUAUGUGCGUAUAGGGAAGGUGGGAGACGAUGCUCAGUUUGUAUUUUUAGAGGUUUCUCGAUACAUAUUCUACUUGGAUAUCAAGUGCAGGACACUGCGUAAAGUAUAUGAGGAGACAGAUGAUGAUCGAUGUUAUGGCGGCGUCCAUCCUUUUAUGAUGAUUUGGCCUCCCACAUUCCCUGCCCUCAAGGAUGAUCCUGAAAGGAACAGGAGUGCCAUAUGAAGAACAAUUAUAUCAAGAAGCUUUUGGACAGGGCCUCCUCAAGGAAUAAAUAGCAGAGAUCUGCA